CCGGCGGGGAGCAGCGAUUUGCCGCCCGCCCGGCCGGGCCGCAGAGCCGCGGGGCCCCAAUUCACUGUGCGGGGGUCGCCGGGGCUCCGGAUGCCGGGAAUCCCUGCCGCCGCCGCCGCUGUCCGGAGACCCCGGGCAGAUUACUCCCAAAUAAUAAAAGAAAGAAGCUGAAAGAAGAAAAGCCGGAAGACCAGCUUGGCCUUUCCCCAGGGACUGGUCCCACACUAGGUGUGGACACGUGGGGCCCUGGCCGGAGGAUCCCCAGUGCCGCGGGCUGUGGAUAUUUUGGGGUCUGACCAUGCCGCCACCGGCAGACAUCGUCAAGGUGGCCAUAGAAUGGCCCGGCGCCUACCCCAAACUCAUGGAAAUCGAUCAGAAAAAACCACUGUCUGCAAUAAUCAAGGAAGUGUGUGAUGGGUGGUCUCUUGCCAACCAUGAAUACUUUGCACUGCAACAUGCUGACAGUUCAAACUUCUAUAUCACAGAAAAGAAUCGCAAUGAAAUAAAAAACGGCACUAUUCUACGAUUAACUACAUCUCCAGCUCAGAAUGCCCAGCAGCUCCAUGAACGCAUUCAGUCUUCAAGUAUGGAUGCCAAGCUGGAGGCUCUGAAGGACUUGGCCAGCCUGUCCCGGGAUAUCACGUUCGCUCAGGAAUUCAUCAACCUGGAUGGCAUCUCUCUCCUCACCCAGAUGGUGGAGAGCGGCACUGAACGAUACCAGAAAUUGCAGAAGAUUAUGAAGCCUUGCUUUGGGGACAUGCUGUCCUUCACGUUGACGGCCUUCGUAGAGCUCAUGGAUCAUGGCAUCGUGUCUUGGGACACGUUUUCGGUGGCGUUCAUUAAGAAGAUAGCAAGUUUUGUGAACAAGUCGGCUAUGGACAUCUCAAUCCUGCAGCGGUCCUUGGCCAUUUUGGAGUCCAUGGUGCUCAAUAGCCAUGACCUCUACCAGAAGGUGGCACAAGAGAUCACCAUUGGCCAACUCAUUCCUCAUCUUCAAGGAACCGAUCAGGAAAUUCAAACCUAUACCAUCGCUGUCAUCAAUGCACUCUUCCUGAAAGCUCCUGACGAGCGCAGACAGGAAAUGGCAAAUAUUUUGGCUCAGAAGCAGCUGCGUUCCAUCAUUCUAACACAUGUCAUCCGUGCCCAGCGGGCCAUCAACAACGAGAUGGCCCACCAAUUAUAUGUUCUCCAAGUGCUCACCUUCAACCUCCUGGAAGACAGGAUGAUGACCAAAAUGGACCCCCAGGAUCAGGCUCAAAGAGACAUCAUAUUUGAACUUCGAAGAAUUGCUUUUGAUGCGGAGACUGAACCUAAUAAUAGCAGCGGCAGCGUGGAGAAACGCAAGUCCAUGUACACCCGGGAUUACAAGAAACUUGGCUUCAUUAAUCAUGUCAACCCUGCCAUGGACUUCACCCAGACUCCUCCUGGGAUGCUGGCUCUUGACAACAUGCUGUACUUCGCCAAACAUCACCAAGAUGCGUAUAUUCGGAUUGUUCUGGAGAACAGCAGCCGAGAAGAUAAGCAUGAAUGUCCCUUUGGCCGCAGUAGUAUAGAACUGACCAAGAUGUUAUGUGAGAUCCUGAAAGUUGGUGAGCUGCCCAGCGAGACCUGCAAUGACUUCCAUCCGAUGUUCUUCACCCAUGACAGAUCCUUUGAGGAAUUUUUCUGCAUCUGUAUCCAACUCCUGAACAAAACCUGGAAGGAGAUGCGAGCAACUUCUGAAGAUUUCAACAAGGUAAUGCAGGUGGUGAAAGAGCAGGUUAUGAGAGCUCUUACAACCAAGCCUAGCUCCCUGGACCAGUUCAAGAGCAAACUACAGAACCUGAGCUACACGGAGAUCCUGAAAAUCCGCCAGUCUGAGAGGAUGAACCAGGAGGAUUUCCAGUCUCGCCCGAUUUUGGAACUAAAGGAGAAGAUCCAGCCGGAAAUCCUAGAGCUUAUCAAGCAGCAGCGCCUAAAUCGUCUGGUGGAGGGGACCUGCUUUAGGAAGCUCAACGCCCGGCGGAGGCAAGAUAAGUUUUGGUAUUGUCGGCUUUCACCAAACCAUAAGGUCCUGCAUUUUGGAGACUUGGAAGAAAGCCCCCAGGGAGAGGUGCCUCAUGAUUCCUUGCAGGACAAACUGCCAGUAGCCGAUAUCAAAGCGGUGGUGACUGGAAAGGACUGCCCUCAUAUGAAGGAGAAAGGUGCCCUUAAACAAAACAAGGAGGUGCUUGAACUUGCUUUCUCUGUCUUGUAUGACUCCAACUGCCAACUGAACUUCAUUGCUCCUGACAAGCAUGAGUAUUGCAUCUGGACAGAUGGGCUGAAUGCACUGCUUGGGAAAGACAUGAUGAGCGAGCUGACGCGGAAUGACCUAGACACCCUGCUCAGCAUGGAGAUCAAGCUCCGCCUGCUCGACCUGGAAAACAUCCAGAUCCCCGACGCGCCUCCUCCCAUCCCCAAGGAGCCCAGCAACUAUGACUUCGUCUACGACUGUAACUGAAGUGGCCAGGACCGACAUGCACCUCCAGGCUGGAAGUCUGGAAGUUUAGCAGGAGAGAAGAAGGAAACACGCCCAUCCCUUGGCAUCACAUUUCAGUAGAGAGAAGCUGCAGAUCCACCCUUCCUUUGACCUCAACUCUAGCUCAAGCUUUUCCAACCCUUCCUGGUACCAUGUCCACUCUUAGAAUCUGUUUUCAGACUCACUGCUUUAAGUUCUGGUUCACUACAGUUCACUGGUGGGACAGAGUUAACAACCACCACUCAUAAGAAAGCCAAGGGGCCUUUCCAUCCUCACCUGUGGCAGGCAUGACCCUCCUUGCUGAGUAAGAAAACAGUUAAAGCUGCCCCAGAACUUGCCCACCAAACCAAGGCCUGUCUCUAGAAGAAAUAGCCCAGCUAUCUGAUCAGAAGACUAAAUGCCCCAUCUUCCUCCCCGCCUCUUUCUAGGGUCAGCGCAAUACCACCAGUUCUAUUUAAGUUGAGAUCUGCUUUUAGAUCUCCUCCUUCCCUCCCUCUCCCCUGCCUUGGCCUUGCCCUGGUCCUCUCUGGUCUCAAGAACAGUGACCAUAACCUCAUCAUAGUCUUGGCCAGCAUCGAGCCUCCCAAACAGGAGCCCAUGCCUGCACCAUGUCUGCACUGUGACCUCACCCUAUUCCCUCCAUGCUAGCUAGUCUUGGGCUUCCUCUCCCUGCCCCAGCCCAGACCUGCCUUCAUCUCCACACGCGCUACCAGCCUCUUAGCACAAAGCACAACUGAAAUCAGUAGUCACGCUUCAUCUCUAAUAAACUAAACCUAAAUGCCUCUAAGACAGGCAGUUGCUACCCAAGGGUUUGGUGUCACCUUGCUCCUGUUGCAACCCAGGUUCCACGGGAUGGUCAAGCCGUCAGACAUCCAAGUUUACAUCGUUGUAAUUAUUAUAGGUAUUUACAAUUUGCAAGGGUUUGGGGUUAUUUUUUCUUUUGCUUUUUUUUUUUGUACAAAAGAGUCUAACAUUUUUUUGCCGAACAGAUAUAUAUUUAAUGAAAAGAAGAGAUACAUAAAUGUGUGUACUUUCCAGGGUUUUUUUUUAAUUAUUUUAAUCCCAAACAUCUUUCUGAAAAUAACAUUCCCUUAAACAUGCUGUGGAAUAAAGUUAACUGUGAUGAGUUGG